AUGAUAAUCUACAUUUUCUUCCUCGCUUUAUUGUGUGAAAAAGUGAGCUCAUGGCAUUCUGGAGAACUCCAAAUGUUUGAUUUAGUUGAAGAAGUCAAGGAUAACUUUUAUGAUUUUUUGGGGGUUACUCAAACUGCUGAUAUUUCUGAAAUAAAACGUGCUUAUCGAAAGUUAUCUUCUAAAUUUCAUCCAGACAAGAAUCCAGAUGAUCCUACUGCAGAACAGAAGUUCCGAAGGCUUGUAGGUAUUUACGAAGUCCUUAAGAAUUCGGAAUUACGUGCUAAAUAUGAUGAAGUGCUGAUAAAUGGUUUGCCCAGUUGGCGAACCCCAGUAUUUUACUUUAGGAAGCUCCGCAAAAUGUCUAACUAUGAACUGUUUGGAUUGUUCUUUGGAAUGGCUACCAUAAUUCAUUAUGCUGCACUUUGGGGCUCAGUUUUUGAAAAGCGGCUUACUUUGGAAGACCAACUUAGCACUUCUUUGAAACGUCACAAAGCUCGUGAUCGGAAGUUGGAACUAAUAAACCAAGAGAUAUCUGAUGAACUUCAAAAGAUUCCCGGUCCCGGAUGGUUUGAUUUGCUUCCGUUCGCUAUUGUCAGAUGGAUAUAUGCUAUCAUCACAUUUAUUCCAGUUUUCACUGAAUUUAUUAACGGAAAGAUUUCUGAGAAAUUACAAGAACGUCGUGAACUCAGGGAAGAAGUUCGAAUUCUUCAAGAAAAAAAAGAAAAGCUUAAGGCUGAUAAACAAGAACGCAAACGUCGCUUAGUACUUGAACAAACAAUCCUUAGAGAAGUUCUAAAAGAGGCUGGCCAAUCAACUUUGAAUUCAGUCCUUACAGACAUCCCUAAUAGUGAGAUUGAGAGUUCUGAUGAAGAUUCAAAAAGUCAAGCAAAAGAUCCUGUUUCUCGAGAAUGGUCAGAGGUGGAUAGAGACAAUUUAGUUCGUGCGAUAAUUCGAUAUCCAGGAGGUGUUCCUGGGAGAUGGGAACGUAUCGCAGAAUCUCUUGGUCGUAGUGUUCCUGAUGUUAUACGUAAAGCGAAAUCUAUGAGUAAAGAAUUAAUGUCUAUUUCUCAAAAAAAUAUAAAUCCUGAUGAAAUCCCAACUUUUGAAACAAAUGUAAAUAAUUUCUGUGGCGAAAGUAAUUCUGAACAAAGUAAUAAUCAAUCAGACGAAUCAGGUGAAGAACAACAUUCAAAGAAACGACUUCGUAAACGUUUAUUAAGACGAAAAGAACCAUACGUCGUCAGUCAAACAAAUGGAGAAACGCAACUGAAUGUGAAUAAUGAUAUAUCUUCAGACGUUGUCAUAGUUGAUGAACCAUAUAUUAGUCGAAAAAAACUUAAACAACAGAAAGAUGAAGCAACACUUAAAUCUACAGAAAUUAAACCUAUCAAAAGUAAUGAUGGAUGGACCAAAGUAGAACAACAACAGUUGGAAGUCGCUAUACGCUCUAUUGGUAAAGGGACACCUGAGCGGUGGGAUCGGAUCACAGAAUGUAUCCCAACAAGAACAAAGGCAGAAGUGAUGGCUCGUGUGAAGUAUCUCUCAACUCUUGUUCAACAAAAACACUGA